UCCUUCCUUCCUUCCUUCUUCUCCCCUCUUUCUCCGGUCGGUGCUCGCUAUCUCUCUCCAUUUCCCCGCCUCACGAGAAACCCACACGCGCUUUUCCUCCACAAUUUAUUGCUCAGGGUUCUUGCCGAGCAGUACUGCGCAACCACCCCCGCCGCGCGCGCGCGCAAGGACGAGCUCUUCCCGUGUUGCGUGCUUCCUUCUAUGCCUGCUUGUUUGGUCAGGAGAGGAGGAGGAGUUGCGGGGUGCAGGUGGCGGCAUUGGUGAGAUUUUGCGGUGAGAUCCAGCCAUGUCGGAGGCCGACCGGUUACGCCUCCGCGCGGCGGCGCUGGCGCUCGACGGCGGCGCUGUGCGGGACAAGCCGGACUCCAAGGCUAACGUGUUCGCGGAUCUUGGGUCCCCGGUGUCGCCGCUGCGGGCGCGGGCCAGCAUGACGACCUCCUCCUCCUCCUCUUCCGGGUCGGCCAAGUCGCCAGCGCAGUCAAAUGUUGGGGCGGUGGGAGCGGCAGGCGGGAGGAGCCACUCCGGUGAGCUGGCGGUGGAGAGCCACCCGCCGCGGCUGCCGGGGCACCGGCGGUGCGGAUCUGGCCCGCUGAUAUUCUCCGGCGGCAGCAGCAGCGGAGGGAGCGGGGGAGGCGGAGGGGACCGUGGGAGCACGGCGAGCUCGCCGAUGACCAAUGCGCUCCCCGCCGGUAACAUCUGCCCAUCUGGCCGCGUUCCGGGGGCGGCGGCCGCGCCGCCCCCGCCGCGCUCCCGCCCGGACGUGCUCGGAUCCGGCACCGGCCACUAUGGCCACGGGAGCAUCAUGCGCGGGGCCGUCAUGGGCCCCGCGAGAAGCAGCAUUGAUGCGCCGUCCUUUCUCGGACACUCAAUGAGAUCUCCGGCAAGCUCCCCGGUGGCGCCACCGAGCGGCGGAAGCCUGCAGGAGAUGACUCGCCUAGGCAACGAGUGGUACAAGAAGGGGAGGCACGCGGAGGCGCUGCGGUACUACGACCGUGCGGUGUCUCUCUGCCCCGAAAGCGCCGCGUGCCGCGGAAAUCGUGCCGCCGCGCUCAUCGGCCUUGGCCGGCUCGCCGAUGCGCUCCGCGACUCCGAGGAGGCCGUCCGGCUCGACCCGGCCAGCGGUCGCGCCCACAGCCGCCUCGCUGGUCUCUACCUCCGGCUGGGAAUGAUUGAAAAAGCGAGGAGGCACUUCACGCAAGCCAGGCAUCUUCACGAGUCCGACCCUGCAGACUGGGAGAAGCUGCAGGAUGUGGAGAUGCAUCUAGGAAGAAGCACGGAUGCCAGGAAAAUUGGAGAUUGGAAGAGCGCGCUGAGGGAAGCGGAUGCUGCAAUUGCGGCCGGAGCCGACUCGUCCCAGUUGCUUCGUGCCUUGAGAUCAGAAGCACUUCUCCGGCUCCACAAGUUAGAGGAGGCUGAUUCGACUCUUACAAGCUUGCUGAAAUUAGACAAGUCAUUACUAUCUUGGACGGCGGCGAAACUCUCGGGCAUGCUAGUUGAGUCUUAUGUACAUAUUGUGCGAGCCCAGGUUGACAUGGCAUUGGGAAGGUUUGAUGCCGCUGUUGCAGCAGCUGAGAAUGCCAGACUUAUCGAUCCUGGGAAUGCGGAAGUUGGGAUGAUUCUAAAUAAUGUGAGGCUAGUUGCAAGAGCUCGAGCCCAAGGGAAUGAACUCUUCAAGGCUGCCAAGUUUUCUGAUGCUUCUAUAGCCUAUGGUGAAGGGCUCAAGUACGAUCCUUCAAAUCCAGUGCUCCACUGCAACCGAGCAGCUUGCUGGUGGAAGCUAGACCGUUGGGAGAAAGCCGUUGAUGACUGUAACGAGGCGUUGAGAAUACAGCCUACUUACACAAAGGCUCUCUUAAGGCGAGCAAUGUCCUAUUCCAAGCUCGAGCGUUGGGCUGAUUGUGUGCGGGAUUAUGAGGUGCUCCGGAAAGAGCUUCCUGCCGAUACUGAGGUUGCCGAAGCAUUGUUCCAUGCUCAAGUUGCCUUGAAGACAACUCGUGGUGAGGAUGUAUCAAACAUGAAGUUUGGAGGAGAGGUUGAAAUGGUAACCAGUGUAGAGCAACUAUAUGCUGCCACUCGUUCGCCUGGGGUAUCUGUUGUCUACUUCAUGUCGUCGGUGAAUCAACAAUGCAUACAAAUUACACCUGCGGUGGACUCUCUUUGCAGCGAAUGCCCCUCAAUGAAUUUUCUGAAGGUAAAUGUUGAAGAUAGCCCAACGGUGGCAAAGGCAGAGAACGUGCGGAUAGUCCCUACAUUCAAGAUAUACAAAGAUGGGGCGAGAGUGAAGGAGAUGAUCUGCCCUACCUUGCAUGUCCUGCGCUACUCAGUGAGACACUAUGCGGUAUCCAGUUCUUGAGAAGCUUUCGGUUGGUACAUAGGGCUCCCCUUUCCUCUGCCAGCCAGUCUUUUGCUUUAGGUCCCAAAUUUGCAAAAACACCAGCCUCCACAGCAUUUCACCAGCUGCAUAAUAAUUCCCCAUUGAGCAUCGAGCAUAAUGAGCCUCCCCCAGUUUUCUGCUUUCCACCCAUCAUUACCCAUCCCAUCCCUUGCCGUUGAGAACAUAUGAUAUUGCCGACCCCAUUCAAUUCUUACACCUUUCAGGCUCUUUGGCUCCCUGUAUUUUGAUACAUUUUGCUUUACAUCUUAGGCCGUAAACCAGCAGCGCCCGUGGAGGGCAAUGUUUGUAAUGUUGUUUAGUUUAGAAUAUCAUAGAGGGAGAGGGGGAGGGGGUUGCUGGUUGCGGUUUUCGUUACGUGUAUAUACCAUAUAGCAAAACAUGAGAAUCCAUUUAGUGGAGGUGGUGAGGAGGAGGGGGAGGAGGGUACAGACAGGGCUAGUUGUUGUGUUACUGUCAUUUUAGCGAUAAAAAGGAAAAUCAAUUGGUAAUUGGUGUAGAGAGGGGAAAGGUUGGUGGUGUUAAUUGGAUGCCAUUUUGCUGCUUCUGCUGGUCUGUGGUGCCGAUACAUUUUCAUCAUCAUGAAUAAAACAAUCCAACAUUCUUUCUUUC